AGGUGCUCCACAUCAGGAGCGGCUCUCAGCGUUCGAGCAGCCGUUGACCUUCCGUCCUCCAAACCGCGGUGGAAAACAUGGCUCUGAGCCUCCUGGAAAAGGCUCAGGCGUGGCUCUUCAGAGCUGUCGCCACCUUCUUCUUCACGAUAUUUCAGUUUUUCAGGACAACCGCAGCCUCCGCGAAGAAGAAGCUGCCGCCCGUCAUUAACCCCCUGCUGCUCCAGUCAGCGACGCAGCUCGCUAAGAAAAUCCGGAGAAAAGAGGUGUCCAGUGUGGAGGUGGUGCAGGCUUACAUAGACAGGACUCAGGAGGUGAAUCCGUUCAUUAAUGCUGUGGUGAAAGACAGGUUUGCAGCUGCCCUCCAGGAGGCUGCUCAAGUCGAUAAGCUGAUAGAGGAGGAGACGGGAGGAGAGGAGGUGCUGGAGGACAGACUUCCCUUUCUGGGUGUCCCUCUAUCUGUCAAAGAGUCAUUUUCCCUCCAAGGCAUGCCCCUGACGACAGGAUUGAUGUCCAGGCAAGGAGUCGUGUCCUCAGUCGACGCUCCCACUGUGGCUCACCUAAAGAGAGCCGGUGCUAUACCCCUGGGCGUCACCAACACCAGCGAGCUGUGCAUGUGGUUUGAGUCUCACAACCACCUGUACGGGAUCACGUGUAACCCGUACGACCUGGAGAGGAUCCCCGGGGGCAGCUCAGGGGGACAGGGCAGCAUCCUGGCUGCAGCAGGAGCGGUCAUCGGUGUGGGCUCGGACAUCGGCGGCAGCAUCAGAAUGCCCUGUUUCUUCAAUGGUGUAUUCGGCCAUAAAACCACCCCAGGCGUGGUGUCCUGUGAGAACCAGUACCCCCCCACCUCUGGCAGGCAGGGGGAGUACCUCAGCUCUGGUCCCAUGUGCCGCUACGCUGAGGACCUGUUGCCCAUGCUCAAGAUCAUGGCAGGACGCAACGCUCACAAGCUGUCCUUAGACACAGAGGUUGACCUGAAGAAGCUGCGGUUCUUCUCCAUUCCUCAUGAUGGCGGCUCUGCCUACACGUACCCUGUCAGCAAAGAGCUGCUGGACAUCCAGAGGAAGGUGGCAGAGCGUCUGGAGGCCGACCUUGGAGUUAAAGUGCAGGAGGUGUGUUUACCUGAGCUGCGUUACUCCUUCCAGAUCUGGGAUACGUACAUGGGUCUCCCUGACAAGGAGGGGAAGACUCCGACGGCUUUUGCUGAGCUGAUGGGGGAACCGGGUCGACCAGCGUGGGCUCUCUGGGAGCUGCUGAAAAGAUUGGUGGGAAAAUCCAACCACACAAUGCCUGCUAUCAUGUUGGCGCUUCUGGAGAUGAUCCAGGUGACCAAACCAUCAUCUUUCAUUAUCCAGCAGAAGGAGGAGCUGCAGAGGAAGCUGGAUGAAAUGCUGGGCACUGACGGCGUGUUGCUUUACCCGUCUCACCCCAGAGUGGCACCAAAACACCACCACCCACUCUUUAGACCCUUUGACUUCGCCUACACUGGUAUUCUGAACAUCCUCGGGCUGCCGGUUACCCAGUGUCCUCUGGGUCUGAAUGAGGAAGGUCUUCCUCUAGGCGUGCAGGUCGUGGGCGGGAAACUCCAGGACCGGCUAACUCUGGCUGUGUCCCUCUACCUGGAGAAGACUUUCGGAGGAUGGAGGGACCCUGGAGCCAAGGAAAGCUCCUCUCCCUGAUGGAGUGACAGUGCUUUGAAGUGAGGAUGGCAGUAUCCUCGCCCUGCCUUGUCGCCUGCUGCACUCCACCACCAAAGAGGGGGACAGUCUGAGUGAAGAAUGUUUAAGUGUAACAGAAGCGCGUUUUGCACUAAUAAGAAAUAACUCUAUGAAGUUUUAUAUUUUUUUUUCUUAAAAGUCACAGAGGGUUAAACCCUCAAGCUUAAAAAAGAAGACAUGUUCUGACUUGUUUUAUGACCACAGCUUGUACUGAAUCCUAAAUCCUCUUUU